AUGAGUGAUAUAACAGAGAUUAAUGACUAUAAGGUGGUGAAGACACUCUCCAAGUCAGAUGAAGCCUACACACUUGUAGUCAUCAGUAAAGGGCUUCAGAACAUGUCUGAAGAUUAUUUUAAGAUCAUGAAGCUUAAAAAGAUACCUGGUAAGGAAGAACUCAGUGCAGAUAUCGAGACAGAUAUCAGCAUUAUUGGUAGUUUUGAGCAUCAGAAUAUUGCACCCUAUGAGACCUAUUUCUUCACAAAGCUUGAGCAAAAGACCUAUCUAGCAGUCCUAAGGCCUUAUUAUAAGUCUAAUAUAGCAGAUGUAGCUAAUUUCGUCAAGUUCACUGCUGCAGAUAGUGAGAUGUGUGAUAAAAUAAUUAAAGCUAUAAAUUAUGUUCAUGAUAAAUACUCAAUGAUACUUACCCUUAAGAAGUCCAACUGCUUCGUUGACUCAAAUGGGGAAGUUCAAAUUACGGAUAUUGGGAUCCCUUCACUUCUUGAGUAUGAAUUAGAAAAGAAAAAGAAGAACUUGAAACUAGCAAUGUACACCCCUCCUGAAAUAGACGAAUAUCUCGUGGGCAUUAACUAUAAGGUGGAUGUCUGGGGCUUGGGUAUUUUGUUCUAUGAAUUAUACAAGAAAUGCCAUCCUUUUGAGGAAUCGACACCAAAAGAUGCUCUAAAACUAGUCAAUCGAGAGUUUGUUGGGGUUGAACUAAACGAAGGAAUCAUAGACGAUAUCAUCCGAGGGUGUCUGAAACAAAAACCCUCUGAGAGAUUGACCCUCGCCGGGGUCAGAAAACAUAUAAGAGAACUUAUAGAAAAGGAAAACAUCGAUUUUGGAGAUGCUGAAGUCAGAAGACUGAGCUAUGGCCUCGCUUCUCCUAAUCGAGAAUUCAACGCAACCAAAAGAGAAAGUGGUACAGAGAGAUUAGAUGACCCUAGUGAGGAGCAAAAGAUUGAUCAUGGCCAUGCCGGUAGUGAGAAUUUCUUCCAAGUCAUCAACAAAAAUGGCUUCUCAAACGAGACCUACCAGGAGAUACUCUAUAACGGAAAAAUGCGUGAUGAAGGAACUGACCAGAAAGAAAAAUUUAGAUGAGUAAAUACAGCUACUGACUGCCAUAAAGGGCAGAUAAAUGGAAUUGAAGUUUUAGACACAGGUCUGCUUAUCACCAGUGGAGAUGACAAAUGAAUUCACUUCUGGAACCCAAUGAAUAAUGACCUAAUCGCAGUGGUGAAUGAGAGCUCGAAGGUUGGAAAACUCCUAACAUUACCAAAAGUCAAGGAAUUCUACUAUGUCAUUGGUGCAAAGGUCAAAUCUUUUGAUUAUUCAACAGGAAUAGCCACUGUUAUAUAUGAAGGAAUGAGUAAUAUUACUUGUCUUGAAAUAUUUCAAAAUGGUGAGAACAACCUUCUUAUUGUUGGCCUGAAGGAUGGGACCAUCGAACUUGUCAACAGAAUCCACAGAAAAGUUACACUGAGUAAACCUUUUCAUUCUGGAUACUCUGUAGUAGGUGUCAGCGGGAAGGGAGACUAUCUCCUUUCUGCUGGAACCGAUGAUGUGGUUAAUAUUUACAAUGUGAAAAGCACACUGCUUGAGAGUGAACUCAACCUCAAGAAUGCAAAUUUUGAUGGGCUUACAGGAAUCCUUAAGCUUACUCAAAAUGAAAAUGAGAUGAUAGUGACAGAUCAGCUAUUUGGUAUUUCAUGGUUCUCUUUUGACGUGGACAACUCUUCAAAAGAGCAUCCAGAUAUUAGCUACAGACCUGUUGUUCAACUCUUCGAUAAUGUGUCACCAAAUGAAAAUCUGUUUGGAGCUACUGACGAGAAAGGAUUAAUCAAAAUAUACAGCAGAGAGGGUGCUGAAGAGGAAGGACAAACAACAGAAAUUAUCGAAAUAAGGAAGUUUAGAGGACAUAAAGGUCAAGUUACAGGCAUAGCUCAUUUUAGAGAUGGCUCUUAUGUAACUUGCUCUGUUGAUGGAACUUAUAAAAUCUGGACCUCUAGAAAAGACAUCAUUAGAGUUGGUAAAGCAGAUGGAUCAAAAGGAUGCUGAAGUGGUGGGAAAUGAAUAAUUCAAUAAUAAUUAAAACAUGUUUA